AAAUGCAACUGGUGACUUCGCAACACUGUUGUUUUUUUGGGCGGAUUUUCACGGUGACUCUAAUCAGGAGUUUAGAUGAUGGAGUCCUGGAUGCCCUGAGAUGAUGUCACCUAGUGAUCUUAGUGUUAAAUGUUGGGGUGAAGGUGGUGCACAUCGAGAUCUUACACAUCCUGUACGAAUCAUCUGUUGAAUGAAUGGAGAAAGUAGAGGCCACAUCGGAGCUCCAGUCCAGACUGUCGUCACUGUCGGUGUCUUCUUUCUCCGGCAUCGCGUCCAAGACCUGUGACUCGAACCCUCUGGACAGACUUCAAAGCACAGAUCUUUCUCAAGCCGCAAUACCCCCUGACAACCAGAGCCACAUGGAUGACAACAGUAAUACCAAAGGAUUAGAGCAACCCACCAAGGACAAGCCAGCUGCUGAAGGAGAUUCUGUAGAAAGCAGCACAACAGAAAAAACCUCCAACCCUGGAGAAAAACAAGCUUUACCUUUGCAGCCUGCCAACACAUGGACCUCUGGGGCCCUGAAAGAGCUCAAGGCUAAGCUGCGUCAAGAGAAAGACAGCGUGGUCACUGUUUAUCGUGGCGACAUUAUGACAGUCCAUGUACCUACCAUCCCUGAGGCCAAGCGUGUGUGCUGGGAAUUUGCUACAGAUGGUUAUGACCUCGGAUUUGGGGUUUACUUUGACUGGACACCUGUUACCACCCGAGACAUAACGGUGCACAUCAGUGAAUCCAGUGAUGAUGAGGAUGAAGAGGAGGAGCUUGAAGCUGGACCUGUGGUUCCUGGUGAUGUGGAGAAAGGGUCUAAAUCGAGAGCCAACUCUAAUUUGGGGGAGAUCCUUCCUGUGUAUCGUCAGGACAGUCAUCUGGCUGUUCAAGGGGGAAGUCACAGUUUCCCAGGAGAAGGAACAUACCUUAUAAAGUUCGACAAUUCCUACUCCUUAUGGCGGAACAAGACUCUGUACUACAGAGUGUACUACAGUGCCUGAGGAACCAUGAGCACAUCUGCAGAUGAAUGUUUUGAUAAUAUAUAUUUUCGAUCCAUAUAUAGAUAUAUAUUUCCAACACUGUAUACAUAUCAUUCCUGCUAUUAAUUCAUAGACUGAUUUUUAUUUCAAAUGCAAAUUUUAUUGUGUAGAUGCUAAGCCAAACUCUGUUAAUCCAAUGUGUCCUAGUCUAUAUGAAAGGUUUUUAAAACUUGAGUAGGAUCGUAUAGCUUGGUCAGUGUGCAAACGCGUUGUGUUUUUUUUCAAUAGUGUGGCGAAUUUGUGAAGUGCAGAUAUAUGUUUUGUAUUUAUAUUGUCUCUUCUUACCAAAACACACAACAGGUAAAAUACAGUGGUUCAGGGAAAGAUGUUUAAGUAAAGAAAUUACUUGCUCAGUAGUAAAGGGGGAAUAAAGCAGGAAAUCAUGAAUGUGUGAUGUGGCACUGGCCAUAAUUGCCUCAGGUGAUGAAUACUAAAGGAUACUUUGCAUAUUAUUUUACAAUCACAGACAAAACACAGACCGCAGUGGUCCUGUGGUGAUUGAUAAGUAAAUCUAAAUAUGAAUGGUUUUGCAAUGAAACAAAUGCAAACUCCUUUUUGUUUGUACAUCAUAUGCAACAUCCAUUAACCAGUCACCAGGGAAACUGACCACAGCCUGCCUUUUUUAUGAUUUGAGUGCAGACUAUUUCCUGUUACGAAAAGCCAAGUUGUAAUAUAACUAAUUCAAUAUUUACAUGGCCCACCAGGUACCAUUUAUUGGAGGGGGGUGAUUUACCACCUGCUUGCUCUCUGAAUGGUUAGGUGAUUAUACGGGAUGAUGAGCUGUUAAACUAGUAUAGAAGUUUCCUGUGUUCUGCUUUGUCAUUGUGAAUGAAAAAGAACGAUGUUCUACAACAAAGUUCUGUUGACAAUCGUAGUGUUGUGCUGUGUUUUUUUUUUGUUGAAUUUUUUUGUACUUCUUUGUCCAUGAGUACCAAAACACAAGUGUUGACUUUAGGAAGAUAAUUGCUUUAAUGCGGGCAAUUCAGCAGCUCGAGGGAGUGUUCUGCACUCUGUGUAUUCGCACCCGUCCUUCUGAUUAUUUGCAUGUUUCCAUAAGGCACUUUUCAUUGGGGCUGCUGAAAUAAAAAAUAGCCCAGUGUGCUGAUAUUUGUCUGUCAUAUUGUUCUUGUUUGUGAUGUAUGACUAAGUCAUUGGUCUUCUGCUUCUGCUUUUUAUUCAAUAAACAUUUGUAAGUGA